UUGGAUAUUGCCUUUUCACUUACUUGUAAAUGAAGUUGAGAGCGCAUUAAUAGAUAUUUCACACAUAUCACUAGCAGAGAUAUCUUGCGUUAUUGAUAAAAUAAUGGGGUAUUUUCAUAUUUUACAUUUGCUCUGUUUUCUCUCGAUUUUAUUCGAGACCUUUGGUGAGACUCUACCAGAAAAACAAUCCAAUAAAAUGAUGUCAAGUGCCACGACUGGAAAAGACCUCUUUCUGGAUAUUCUGAAUAAGGAAAGCUUGGUGCGAUUGUCAAUGGUGCAAAAAAUUCAAAGUUUGACAAUGGAUGUCAUUGAUAAUAAAAACGAUGUCCAAGCUUGCAAGAGGAAUAUGAUUGACAUAAACAAGAAACUGAAUGCACUGGAAACUAAAAACCAAAAACUGGAAGAAGAAAACGCAAGAUUGCAGAAAGUAUUUCAGACUAUUCCUGUCAAUGGAGACAGCGACAAAUACCUACAAGUAAUUGAUGGUACUCUGCAGAAGUUUUGGACCGUGUUCAAUGAAACAAUGGAAACUAUUCGCCUAGAACAAAAUGCAAGUAGCAGCCAACUGCUGAAAAUUACAUCUCAUCUCUCGGCAGGAUGGACACGAUUUGGAGACUCAGAAUAUUGGUUAGGAAAGCAGAAAGUCAAAUGGUCGACUGCAAUCGAAGAAUGUGAAAAGAUUGGAGCAAAACUUGUUGAGAUCGAGUCUUCAAGCGAGAAUAACUUCGUUCGCAUGCUUGCUCAAAAAUUAACAGUGAGUGUUUGGUUAGGUGCCACUGAUCGUGAGGUCGAGGGUCAAUGGCGAUGGGCACACACUAACUCACUCCUGACAUACAGUGAUUGGGAUGUCUCGCACAACCAACCAAACAACUACAAUAAUCAGGACUGUCUGUGUCUCUACGUCCCCUACGGUCGCACUUGGUGUGAUGAACCCUGUGACAAGAGAGAUUAUCAGUACAUCUGUGAGAGAGAUGCUUUGAACAACCCGCGCAUUCUUCCACAUGGCAACAGUGGCCACAUGCACCAUGUGGCCAUGGCAGCCACCGCCACCAAGUGGGGGAAGCGGUUAGUUCCUAAUGCCAAGACCAUGCCACUGCACUGUUGCCUAAUAGAUUUUAGGAUUUCAUCUUCAGACAUACCUAACAUGGCUGAAUUAGUGGCUGCCCCUAUUCUGAAUGAAUGUGAUUUGUAUCUACUACUGUCCAAUCCAAUUACCUUUAAUGCUUUGCUUAAAACUGAUGUGAAUUGA